GCCGGACCCGCCGCGGGCGGUGUAGACGCCUACGAGGAGGGGCUGGGAAAAUGUGCGCAGAGUCCGCCCGGGUCGUGCCCGCCGUAGACGGGUGAAGCAGCGCGCUGCGCCCCGGCGCUGAGCCCCUUCGGGGCCGGCGGCAGGUCGGCACCCCCCUGCACCAUGAAGAAGACCCGGAGCACAACCUUGCGGCGAGCCUGGCCUAGCUCGGAUUUUUCGGACCGGGCCUCGGACCGCAUGAGGUCCCGCAGCGAGAAGGACUACCGCCUGCACAAGCGCUUCCCCGCGGCCUUCGCGCCCCAGGCUGCGCGGGGCUACCUGACAUCAGGUGAUGUAUCACCAAUCAGUAUGUCUCCCAUCAGUCAAUCUCAGUUUAUUCCACUUGGGGAAAUCCUUUGCUUGGCCAUCUCAGCAAUGAACUCGGCAAGAAAACCUGUCACCCAAGAGGCACUGAUGGAACACCUGACAACAUGCUUCCCAGGUGUUCCAACCCCUAGUCAAGAAAUCCUGCGGCACACGCUGAACACGCUGGUGCGGGAGAGGAAAAUCUAUCCUACUCCGGAGGGCUAUUUCAUCGUGACCCCACAGACUUAUUUCAUAACUCCUUCCCUCAUAAGAACUAACAGCAAAUGGUACCAUUUGGACGAGAGGAUACCUGACAGGUCUCAGUGUACCUCCCCGCAACCCGGGACCAUCACGCCCUCUGCCUCGGGCUGUGUCAGGGAGAGAACAUUGCCCAGAAACCACUGCGACUCGUGCCAUUGCUGCCGAGAGGAGCUGCACAGCAUGCACGCGUCCACUUUGCAGAGGAAGUCCGCCAAGGACUGCAAAGACCCCUACUGCCCCCCUUCGCUAUGCCAGGUGCCGCCCACUGAAAAGAGCAAAAGUACUGUAAAUUUCUCCUAUAAGACAGAAACUCUCUCAAAACCUAAAGAUAGUGAAAAACAGUCCAAGAAAUUUGGACUGAAGUUAUUCCGGCUGAGUUUUAAGAAAGACAAGACCAAACAGCUGGCCAAUUUCUCCGCGCAAUUUCCUCCCGAGGAGUGGCCCCUGCGGGACGAGGACACGCCCACCACCAUCCCGCGGGAAGUGGAGAUGGAAAUCAUUCGGCGCAUUAAUCCGGACUUGACCGUGGAAAACGUCAUGAGGCACACGGCCCUGAUGAAGAAACUUGAAGAAGAGAAGGCGCAUCGGAGUAAAGCGGGCUCCUCCGCCCACCAUAGCGGGAGAAGUAAAAAGAGCAGGACUCAUCGCAAGUCCCAUGGGAAGUCUCGGUCCCAUAGCAAGACUCGAGUGUCCAAAGGAGAUCCUUCGGAUGGGUCGCACCUGGAUAUUCCGGGGGAGAGGGAGUAUGACUUUUGCGAUCCUCUUACCAGGGCACCCAGGGAGGGCUGCUUCAUCAUUGAACACAAAGGAGAUAAUUUCAUCAUGCAUAGCAACACAAAUGUGAUUGAGUCCCACUUCCCCAUGACCCCAGAAUGGGAUGUGUCUGGUGAAUUGGCCAAAAGGAGGACUGAGAUGCCUUUUCCCGAGCCUUCCAGGGGAAGCUCCCACUCAAAAGUACACCGAAGCCACAGCCAUACCCAGGACAGGAGGUCCAGGAACGAAAGAUCCAGCAAAGCCAAGGAAAGAUCCAGAUCGAUGGAUAACUCUAAAGGCCCAUUGGGUGCCUCGUCCCUAGGGACACCGGAAGACUUGGCUGAAGGCUGUAGCCAAGAUGACCAGACCCCCAGCCAGUCCUACAUUGAUGACAGUACUUUAAGGCCCGCGCCAGCUGUUGGUCACCAAAGGGUUCAUGUGUCGUCCACGAGUUAUAAAGAGGUGUGCAUUCCAGAAAUAGUUGGUGGUAGCAAGGAGCCUUCCAGUGCAUGUAGCCUUCUGGAGCCAGGCAAACCACCUGAGAGUUUGCCAUCCUUUGGGGACCUCAGUGCUUGUCCAACAAAAACAGCUGCGGAUGACUAUUUCCAGUGCAACACCUCCAGUGAGACGGUGCUCACAGCCCCUUCUCCCCUGGGAAAGAAUAAGGAGGACCAUGACACUCUGACUCUGGCAGAAGGAGUGAAGAAGCUGUCUUCCUCUGACAGGCAGGCCCCCCAUUCCUCCAGGGAGCUGAUGGGGCACAAGGAGGAGUCGCCAAAAGGGCCAGGUGGGGGCCUGGCUGCUUCAGGUGGCGUGGCCGAAGGGUUAGCCAACGGACGCCUCGCCCAGCACCAUAGCACGGAACCCAGCAGCCUGGACAAGAGGAAAGAGAUAUUUAGCAAAGACACACUGUUCAAACCUCUUCACAGCACCUUGUCUGUAAACAGCUAUCACAAGUCAAGCCUGUCCCUCCUCAAAGCUCACCCGAAGACACCUACCGACACCCUGCCAGGCCGAUGUGAGAAACUGGAGCCUUCCCUAGGGACCUCGGCCGCACAGGCCUUGCCGGUUUCCCAGCGUCAGCAGGAGUCUGGUGGCAACCAGGAGGCCUCUUUUGACUAUUACAAUGUCUCUGAUGAUGAUGAUUCAGAGGAAGGGGCCAACAAAACCACAGAGGAGGAGAAAAACAGGGAUGAUGUAGGCACCAUGCAGUGGCUCCUGGAGAGAGAGAAGGAAAGAGACUUGCAGAGGAAAUUUGAGAAGAACCUCACCCUCCUUGCCCCAAAAGAAACAGACAGCAGCAGUAAUCAGAGAGCCACGCAUUCGGCCCGGCUCGACAGCAUGGAUAGCAGCAGCAUCACUGUGGACAGUGGAUUCAACUCCCCACGUACUCGGGAGAGCCUGGCUUCCAACACAUCCAGCAUUGUGGAAAGUAACCGUCGUCAGAACCCGGCUUUGAGUCCAGCCCAUGGCGGAGCUGGGCCAGCCUUCAACUUCCGAGCAAGUACGGACCCCCCAAGCAACGAAGCUGAGAAACUGCAGAAACCUUCCAACUGCUUGCAAGCUUCUGUGACGAGUGUGUGAUAGUCAUUCUGCCUCAGAUCUUCUGUCUCAUUCGAUACAGCAAAGUUUACGACACUGGGACUGAUGUUUACAUCUUUGGAAAGACAAGCAUCUCAACCACAGUUUUUGUGUUUACUUAAACUGUGCUGCUAAGUAGGCUAGGG